GACGUUCCGCUGUUGUUAGAAUGGCCACAAGUCGGUGCGGUUGACUCUGCCCACUCGCCAGUCGCUUUGUACUUGAGCUUUUUAUACCGACCGACACAGAAAUCGCGGGAUUAGUCUUCUUGCAUUCCACAACCGGUAGCAGUGAGGAGCGUGAUGCUCAUACCGGACAACACUAUAGUCUCAGUGAAAGUAAUAGUAUCGUUCCAAUAAUCAGCAUCAGAUGAAGUCGUUUAUGUGGUUCGUCUCAGUGGCCCUGGCAGUGGCGACGAUGACUGGGUUCGUCUUUCUAUCGGAUGCUGAUCUCUUUGAUUUGUUCAAAUCGGGAUCCAGUUAUAAUCAGAGAAGUAGAUUGAAAAGGAGUCGGUUGUAUCCGCAAUACGUCCUUCCUCCCGAUCAGGACAGACAGCGUUACCAUCAUCACCAAGAGGAAGAUGGACACCAACAUUCAACGCAAGACGAGCAUUCGACGGCUAGCGCUUAUCUCAAUUCUCAACGGAGUCGCUUGUCAUCAACUGAAUUCUGGUCGAACGAAGAUUAUGCCCAGCUGAUGCCACGGCCGACUCCGUUCCCGCCAAACCAUUUCAUCAAUCAGCCGUAUUUCGAAUCGAAUUUGCCGGCAAAAGCAGCAACGCACAUUUUGCGUACUUACACUAACGUUGCCAAGAGACAGCAACUUAACACCGAGAGGCCAACAACGUUCAACCACAAAGUAACAAGAGAGGUCCAUCACAAUAUCGAACACCCAACUAAACGCACUUCCUUCGUUACGAGCCUCGCAGCGCCAGCGGUUCAGACGAAGGAGCAAAAUUUCAAUGACUUGGACAUUCCAUUAAAAUCGUCCGAAAGUAAAAGUAAACCGAGCUUCACCAAGAUGCUUCAGAAGGCCCUCGUUCGCCGAAGUGGCGAAACGAAAAAAAAGCAAAAACAAAUGAAAAAUGAGGCCAAGCACGAAAUUGCGCAACAACGUGACUAUCGGCACGGUGGCGGGAGUUACGGUGGCGGGAGUAGUUACCAUCAACCCCCGGUGUAUUACAUUCCCAAUCAUCACAAGCAGAAGGAUUACAGCGUGUUGCUGAAAAUUUUUUUGUUGGCCAUUUUGAUUCCGUUGGGCAUUUGCAUCGCAUUGGCCGUCAUUGCCGCCUUCUUCACAGGUAUAUCGGCCUACGGCAGGUACCUGGUGACCUACGUCAACGCCACCAACACGACUUAUUAUUUCUUCAACGGGUUAAACGGCUUUGGUGGGUUAAAUAACUUGUUUGGAAUCGGUGGAUUGGUCAGUGCGGCAUCCGCCAGCAGCGGCGCAACAGCGGCGAUUGCGCAGCAACAACAGCAACAACAGACGAGCAGCAACAACAACAACAACAACAAUAAUGACAACAAUGCCAACAAUAACAAUAAUAACGUCGCUGUUAUCGUCGUCAACAUCACGGGAAGAGCUAACAAUGAUGAUAAACUCAACUUCUUGGGCAAACCGUUUAAGAUGAAAUCGGCCAAUCAAGAUGAAGACAGUGUCAUGGAUUAUUUUUAAUACUCUUGUCAAAAUUCCCUCUUUUGUUUUCAAACCUCUUUAUUAAAAUACGUAUGGGACAACAUUUUGCGGGCGUGGGAUAUGUUUGAUGAUUCAAUGUGAUGUCUGUAACUUGAUGCUUUUACGAUGUGAAAAAAAAAGAUAACAACCAAAAAUAAAACAAUUGUAUCCAUAAACGUAAAAAUUGGGCCUGUGGUGUUCGGUCUAUUCAUAUAAUAAUGUUGGGAACGUGCGUAAUACAACACUUUGAUCAUUUUAAUA